CGGUAAACAGCGCAGGGAGAAGCGUGGACACAAAAGUAGAGGCGAGAGAUCAAGUUAACCAUUCUGACACUGAACACUGAGAAAUCAACAGGCUAAAUGAUCACUCACUCUUUGGAGCGAGGAACUGCAGAUUAUUAAUGUUUACCGACUACAUCUAUCACUCCACACCCAGCAAACCUGACUAGGAGCACAUCAGUCAUCUGUUUACACAGUAUAUCAGCCACCUGCAACACAGAUUCCGUGGCCCUUCCUCCGGAAAAUCAACUGCUAGAUUUGUUGAAUUCGUUGUACUUGUAUCAAGACGAGGACAAUAUGAAUCCGAUGUGUAACAACGACAUGCAGCUCUUCCCCGAUCUGAGCGUUGACCACGCCCACAUGACAUCUGACCUUCCCCAGGCCAUGAGAGUGUCCAUGAAUGGGGAGGAGGAAAGCCUGAGGAGUAUGCUGACCCCGCCUGACAGCCCAGUGUUUGCAGAGCUGACCACGCCCAACAACCAACCCAAGGGGACUAUGUUUCAGGAUGGUGCAGUGCCCCACUUGAAAUACGAACCCGACACAUACAACAUUAUGAACACUGUGUGUUCCCCGAUGUAUCCAGAACAACCGUCCUUCAGUGAAGGAAUUAUAUGUGAUGUUCCCUUCGGAGCGUCGAACCAUGUACUUGUUAAACAAGAAUUUAUCGAGCCGGAUUUGUCCAACUGCUUUCCACAUGGCAGUGUGGAGUCUCCAAUGCCCCAGUGGCAACAACCGAGCUAUCUGGAUUACGAAGACUAUCCUCCUGCGCCACAACAUCCGCCAGCCUUUGAUGCGAACUUCGAAACAUUGCCAAACGUUGAGAACCUCUUGAAGUCACUCAUGGACCCACAGAGGCCCACGACUACCAGCUUCCAGUUCAGAGGACACAAUUCAGCUGGAGAAGAAACAGAGUUUGAAAGCGAAAGCGAAGCCAGUUUCACCCUUCCGAACUCCCCAGCCACGUCUGAUGAAGGACAUCUCUCCAUCAACCACCACCCAGCAUCCCAAGACCACCGCAUCCACAAUUACCAGAGGAAGACCAUCGACAAAAGCCUGUCUCUGCUCCGUGGCGUGACCAACAAAAACUGCAAGAGGGGGCGUGGCCGCCCACGCAAGAUGCACCCGAUCUCCAGCACAAGCAGUGACGAGAGCGACGAAGAGGUUACAACGAGGAGGGGACGCGGCCGAAGAGAAGCUAUGCGUGGCAACCACUUGUGGGAAUUCAUCCGUGACCUCCUGAAGGACAGCAUGUACUGUCCCAAGUACAUCCGCUGGGAAGACCGGAAGGAUGGAGUAUUCCGCUUUGUCAACUCCGAAGCUGUGGCCACCAUGUGGGGUCGCAAGAAGAACAAUCCCCAGAUGACCUAUGAAAAGCUCAGCCGUGCCAUGAGGUACUACUACAAACGUGAGAUUCUUGAGAGGGUAGAUGGCCGUCGACUUGUCUACAAGUUUGGAAAGAAUGCAGCUGGGUGGCGGGAGGCCGCAGGACUGGACAGUGAUACAGAGAGCAUGUAGGUUGGCACAACCCACAAUUUAUAUGUCGACAGACAAAAACUGAUAUCGAGAUGUUUCGAUAGAUCAAAAGAUGGAUGUUGCAAGGACGAAUGUCCAGAUUGUACACCCGAAAAUUAUCGUCAAAUAUAACCAAAAGCAACAGACCUACGACCACUGUAUUAUCAAACUCCCACAAUUGCAAAAUCAGACAUGAUUUUGAAGACUGAUUGAAAAUAUCAUUGGACACAAUGCCUGUUUUAGAGCAGAUGAAUGAAUGAAAUACCAGCAACAGCACUAACAUGAUGAAUUACCGAUGGACAUGUCAGAAGAAUGUGUAAAUAAACAUUAAACAAAGUCAAAGGUUAACAGGUAGCCGACACUGCUUUUUUGAUAAAAUCUGGCGGCAGACAAUGAAGAACCGAACCAAGGUGGCUUUACUCCAUGGAUUUUCCACAGCAGAUUCCAAAGGUGAAGAGCUGAAUGCCAAAUAUAAUUCUUGUAUCAAAACCGUCUGUCUGAUUGUCAUUUUCAGCAUUAAAAUCCCUCUAAACAAUGUGGGCAUCUGCAGUUAGAACAAAUUGAAUCCAAAGCCCUAUUAUUUUAAACUGAAUUCAGAAAAGGAAAGCAGUUUACUUGUUGACAUUCCAAAAGGGGUUCUUUUGAAAAAUUUCAGUUUCAGUCGAAUUCGAUUUCAAAAGGUAAAAUCUACUGAUUUCCAUUCAACUGCAAUCUUGGUCAAAAAUCUACAAUAACGUGAAAUAAACAGAUAAUGAAGAAAAAUAAGAGCAUAUUUUCAAUACCCAUGUGACUGUGAUAUUAUUUUUAUGCAAGAAAGUACCGUGUGCAAGCUUAGCAUUACAGAUAAUGUACAUUGAUGCAUUAGGGUUUAUUAAAACAAUGUAUGAAAGUUUAUUACAGCGGUAAAUUAUUGUAUUUUGAAGACUUUUUUUAAGGUUUAAUCUUUGUACUGUUUUUAUACAAUGUACAUAUAUUUUUUCAAGUUUUUGUGAUAGGGCAGAUUUGAAUAUCACCAGUAGAAGCAGAAAAGCUGAAUGCAUAUACAUUUGUACAUUUACGAUUUGUGAAUAGAAAUAUUUUGAGAAGUAUAUUAAGUUAGCUGAAGUGCUUUCCCUGUCUUGGUAAUAGUAAUAAAAUUGUGCGAUCUGAUGAACAUUUUCUUUUUAACAUAAAUCUUUCAAGAAUGAUGCGAAUAUGAAUGCGAAUUUUAGGUUUAACAUGCAAAAACAGACAUCAAAAAGAGAACAUGACUUCUACUAGAAACUAUUUCACAGAAUCAAAAAUGAAAGAAAAACCACACCUGGAAAUUCCCAGGUACAGGUACGAUUUUGUAACACUGAAACCUAGUGCAUCUAUAGUUUUGGAUAGGUGCACGUGCAAGGUCAAGGGUCAUGUAACAGAGCAUACCAAACUAUUUCUACUACACCCAAACUCUGUUUGAAUGGAUGCUGUAAGAGGCAAAACAAGCUAUGGGUGCUUACAAUCGAAUCAGGUUGGUCCUUGCAAACCAAACAGCAAUGGUACUGGUAUCUGCAGGCCUGCGAAGCUUUAAAAAAUCCUAGUUCUUAAUGUGAAAUUUAUAGUUAGAUAGCCAUCUGGGCUGCACUUCUUGAACUCUUUCGUUGAAUUUCGAUGGCGUUGGCUCAAAGUUUUUGUUUACACACCUAAUUCAAACAGCUAUAUUUAACAAACGAAGCAAUACAGAUAUCAUGCACCUGAUCUGUGUUGUCAUCUAUUCCUGCAUUUUACUGUUAUUUACAAUGGAAUCAAAUGCCAAUAAAGUGCAUGCACAUUUGACCAUUUCCCAAUAAGGGGAUUUUUCAUAGCCAUUGGUAAAUCCCUUGUCAUGGCCACGCAGCAAAGUAUUUCUUCCAAUGCUGUUUUCAAAAUGAUCAAGACGCUGAUCGAUAUUAAAUAUAAUUUAGGAUCAAGGAACGUGUAUUAACCGGGGGACGGUAUGCCUAGAUGCUGUUUUACUGGUAUGAUGAAAACGAGUCCAAUAAGCAUAACCUUACGAGCAUAAACUAAUAAGCUUUUAGGAAACAGUGCAUGACUUUCGGGUGCAUUUUUUUGUUUAAUUUCUUCUUUAUAUUAAGUUUCAGCCUGCUGGACAGGAAAUGCCAACAUAUUUUAAUGAAUUUUGUCACAUAUAUUUAUGUUUUUCCACAUAAGAUUUACCGUUGUUGGAACUGUUAAAAAAGGUGCGCCAGUUGGGACAGCAAAUUGAAGCAUUCUAACACUUUUUUUUACCGAAAGAAAAUUGAUACACGUGGGGAUGUUAAAGUGUCAUAUUUUGUACAUAAACCUAGUCUUGAAAUAAGUACUAAAUAUGCUCUGUCCUUUUUUAUCAAAUACAGUACAGAUUUUUGCAAUUUUAUAAGUAUAGUGUAAUUUUGUAAUACGGUGAAGUACUUUUUUCUACAUUUUUAGUACCGUACUAGCUCGGAAGCCCGAAAGAAAUAAAAGAUUGCAUGAACAUCAAGUUCCAUAA